AUGAAAACGGAUGAGUUGAACAAUGAUAUUCCUAAAGGAUUCAAUAGCUGGGGUAAUGGCAAAAAGAAUAAAGAUAUUAAAGAUGGUCUCCGGGGGCAAAAUGGGAACUCAGCAACAAAAAAGUUCUUUUAUUCUGCUCCACAUAAUCAGAGAUCUGACGGAAAUACCCCUGCUGCCUCACACUCAUACUCUUCAACUAAUCUAGGAGAGGCCGUCAAAAAUCCGGCUACUGCUGCCACUAUUCACACUGUUGUCACUGUUCCAGGUGCUGAGGAAGGUGAACCGCAAGCAGCAGCCCUUGCUGCUGCAGUCAUUUCGCAAGCAGCCCCUGCUGCGCCAGUCAAUUCGACAGCAACACCUGCUGUUUAUUCUGAGACUCCUUCCUUCAGCAUAUGUUGUUGA